GUGAGCUGAGAGGUUGUGUUGCCGAGCGCUCAGCCACUCAUGUCAGUCGUGUGAACGGAGGGGAGGCACACUCACUUCAAGGACUCGGAACAGAAUGGAUAUUUCCUGAGUGACAAUGAUUCUGUCUCUUGUUUAUUGAUAAAGGCAAUGAGGAAAUAGCAGACCUGGGCAGUUUUCAUUAUGAGGAAGUUGAGUCUUUUUUCCAGUGUAGAAUUUGACUUUCUGGGGAUUAGCGAUUCAAUUAACAAUAUGUAAUCAAGAAUUUGGAUCAUGGCCGGACUAGGGUACCUCUUAGCGUGCUUCAUUCAACUGCUGGUUUUAAUUCCAGGUCUCCUCGCCAGCUGGGACGAAUGGUGGACUUAUGACGGCAUUUCCGGCCCGGAGUUCUGGGGUCUGAUCAACCCCAACUGGAACAUGUGCGAGCGCGGCCGCCGCCAGUCGCCCGUCGACAUCGAGCCCCGGAAGCUGGUUUACGACCCCCACCUCCGCCACGUCCACGUCGACAAGCACAGGGUCUCGGGCAGCCUCCACAACACGGGGCAGAGCGUGAUCUUCCGCGUGGAGAAAGGCUCGAAGCACCACGUGAACAUCACGGGCGGCCCCCUCGUCUACAAGUACCGCUUCCAGGACCUGUACAUCCACUUCGGCGCCGCCAACCACCAGGGCUCCGAGCACCUCAUCAACGGGGCGGCUUUCCCGGCUGAGAUACAGCUGUAUGGUUUUAACGCAGAUUUGUAUCGCAACAUGACAGAGGCCAGAAUGGGAUCCAACGGCAUUGUUGGACUCUCCAUCAUGGUGCAGGUGGGCGAGGAGGGCAACGAGGAGCUGCGCAUCCUGUCCUCGGGCUUCAACAAGGUGGUGUACCGAGGCAUGAAGUGGCCGGUGAAGCACCUGUCGCUGGCGGGCCUCCUGCCGGACACGCACCACUACAUGACCUACGACGGCUCCACGACCCACCCCGGCUGCUGGGAGACGUCCACGUGGCUCGUCAUGAACAAGCCCAUCUACAUCACCAAGCAGGAGCUGUACGCCCUUCGGCAGCUGAUGCAGGGCGACCAGGCCCUCCCGAAGGCGCGGAUGGCCAACAACUUCCGUCCCGUGAAGGCGCUGCACCACCGCACCGUCAGAACCAACAUCGACUUCACCAACGCCCACCGCGCCAAGGCCUGCCCCUCCAUGCACAGGGAGAUGUACUACGCAGCCCAAGAGUGGCCUACGCUAUAGCCGAAUAACGCACUGGUAAAAUUGCGUACCGUUUGCAUAUCAACCGAAAUGAAAUGGCUGUUGCACCGAUGAGCAGAUGUGUCUUGUGGUUAGACAUGAUGGACUGCCUUAUUUUGAGUGUAGAAUAAAAUGCGCUAAUCUGAGCCAAUCUGGAAGAUAAGUGAAAUGAAUCAUCAAACGUGGAACUGAAAAGUACACAUAAGGAAAAUAUUUUUUUGCUGUUUAAAAUGACUUGACACUAAAUGUACUAAAAGAGAUCAAGUAAGAAUCAAAUGCAAAGUAUGAUAUAGGAUCCUUUUUAAUAAGAAGACAUUAGACUACCCUGUAAUGUAAGUAUGGAUAUAAUAUAAAAAAAAAGUACCCCCUUAUAUCAGACAACCGUUUUCUGGCCAUGUGAUUGGCCUGAAUUCUAUCUGUGAUUUAUAUUUGAAGUGUUAA